AUUUAGUAAAAUAAUAGCUAGUUCUCUAUCUAUUCUCUAUUAUAGAGAACCAUCAUUUAUAUUUAUAUGAUUCAACUUAUUUUAUGGAGAUGCUCUUAAGAACAUCUUCAACGGGAUUCGUCCAUUAGAGUGGUCUUGCUAUUUUGAUUUAAUUUUCAAAAUUAAUUUGAUGUAAAAUGUUGUUUAAUUUGAACUAUGACCAUGUGACAUUUUCUUUUUCUUUUCGAAAAAAAAUUAUUAAUUUAAUGUAACGUGAGAACAUAGUAGAUAAGAGAAAAUAAAUAAAUCAAAUAGGCUCAUCUCAGGGAUCUUGCUUCUCUUUCUUUCUCUCUCUCCAUGUUAUAUUUUAGUAUUCUUUUAAUAUAAAUAAUAUUAAUUAAUAAUAUAUUUAUAUAUAUAAGGUACAGAAAUCAGUUGGUGUAGUCUCAUAGGCCUAUUCAUUACAGUUUCAGAGGAAGAAGAAAGAAGGGAAAGAGAGAAAGGCAUAUAUAUAUAUAUAUAUGGCAUCUUGGAAAAAAACGAUUGCAUCCCCAUUCAAGAAAGCUUGCACUUUCUUCAAUAAUCAACCACAACAGUCCAGGGAUCCUAAUCAUAAGAAGUCUCAUCAUCAUGAUCAGCUCCAAGAAAACGAAAACAGUGCAAGGAAUCUACAUGGAGAAGUAAUGGCAUGUGGUUAUGAAGAUGUUCAAGUGAUGUGGUCUAUUCUCGACAAGUCCAAAUCCACACCCUUUAAAAUUACAUCUUCUUAAUCAUAAUUACCUACCUAAUAAUAAAGUAAUUAAUACACCUACCUAUAUAUAAUAUAAUUCACAUGAUCACAUAUAUCAUUUUGUUCAUAUGUCAUACCAGACUCUACUUAAUUAUUUGGAUCUGGUAUGUAUAAUGGCAUGUAUAUAUACAUGUACUACUACUACUACUACUACUACUUCUUCUACUACUUUGUAGAUAUAAUUGGUGGUUAUCAUUUUUGUUAUAAUGUUUGUAAUGUUUAGUUAUCUAUAUAGGAAAUCCCUGUGAUGAAAGUUUAAAUCACAGUGAGAUUAUUAUUA